AUGGCCCGAAUCAGUCGCCGACAAUACGUGGACCUGUACGGCCCGACGGUGGGAGACCGGUUCCGACUGGCCGAUACAGCCCUGGUCUGCCAGGUCGAGCAGGAUCUGCUCACCCACGGCGACGAGCUGGUGUUCGGCGGGGGCAAGUCGGCCCGGGACGGUAUGGGGCAGGCGUCGGACGUAACCAACCGCAACGGCGCGCUGGACCUGGUCAUCACCAACGCCAUCAUCAUGGACCCGAUCCUGGGCAUCGUUAAGGCGGACAUCGGGGUGCGCCACGGGCGCAUCGUCGCGGUGGGCAAAUCCGGCAAUCCGGGCGUGAUGGAUGGCGUGCAUCCGGAAAUGGUGGUAGGGCCGGGCACCGAGGUCAUCGCCGGCGAGCACCUCAUCGCCACCCCCGGCGGCGUGGACUCGCACAUCCACAUGAUCGCGCCGCAGCAGGUGCACCACGCGCUGUCCAACGGCAUCACCACGAUGAUCGGCGGCGGCACCGGGCCGGCCGACGGCACCAACGCCACCACCUGCACGCCGGGCCCGUGGAACAUCGCGCGGAUGCUGGAGGCCGCCGAGCCGCUGCCCGUCAAUUGGGGGCUGCUGGGCAAGGGCAACGCCAGCGAUCCGGCCCCUCUGGAGGAGCAGAUACGUGCCGGCGCCAGCGGGCUCAAGCUGCACGAGGACUGGGGCACCACGCCGGCGGCCAUCGACUGCUGUCUGGGCGUGGCCGACCGGUUCGAUGUGCCGGUGGCGAUCCAUACUGACACGCUGAACGAGGCGGGAUUUGUCGAGGACACCAUCGCGGCCAUCGGCGGGCGGGCGAUCCACACGUACCACACCGAGGGCGCCGGCGGCGGGCACGCGCCCGACAUCAUCCGCAUCGCUUCGGAGUUGAACGUGCUGCCCUCGUCCACCAACCCCACGCGGCCGUACACCGUGAACACGCUCACCGAGCACAUGGACAUGCUGAUGGUGUGCCACCAUCUCAGCCCCCGGGUGCCGGAGGACGUGGCCUUCGCCGAGAGCCGCAUCCGGCCGGAGACGAUGGCGGCGGAGGACGUGCUGCACGAUCUGGGCGUCAUCAGCAUGUACGCCUCGGACUCGCAGGCGAUGGGCCGAGUCGGCGAGAACUUCACCCGUCUAUUCCAGACCGCCGACAAGAUGCGGCAGUUCAAGGGCAAGCUGCCCGAGGACUCACCGGAGCACGAUAACUUCCGCGUCCUGCGCUACCUGGCCAAGCUGACCAUCAAUCCGGCCAUCACCCACGGCAUAUCGCACCUGGUGGGCUCGCUGGAGCCGGGGAAACUGGCGGACAUCGUGCUGUGGCCGCUGGGCAGCUUCGGGGCCAAACCCAAGAUGAUAAUCAAGGGCGGCAUGAUCUGCUGGGCCGUCAUGGGGGAUCCCAACGGUUCGAUACCCACCGCCGAGCCGUCUUUCUACCGACCCAUGUUCGGCAGCAUGGGCAAGGCGGUGGCCAGCACCUCGGUCACCUUCGUUUCCAGCGCGGCGUACGACGCUGGCGUCCACCGUGACCUGGGGCUGACCCGGCGGGUCGAGCCGGUGCGCGGCUGCCGGACAAUUACCAAGCGGCAGAUGGUCCGCAAUGAUGCGAUGCCCGUCAUCGAAGUCGAUCCGGACACCUAUACGGUGAGGGUCGACGGCGAGAUCGCCACGGUGCCGCCGGCAGAACGCCUCAGCCUGGCGCAACUGCAUUUCCUGGUCUAA